AUGAGAGCUCUCCUCUUGCUCUGUUGCAAACCUCCAUCAACUUUUUUCUUGAUGGUGAAGGGGUUUUGGAGGCUAUCGAUACCGUUGGGGGAGAGCAGGGAUCAUCCGGCGGUGAAUCCAUUCGGACCGGCGAGCCCGCCUCUUGAAACGGCGGAACUGGAUCCGAUUCUGGUGGUGGUUGGAGGCAGUGAUCUGCUGAAAGACAGGGCGGAGGAGUACGCGGAGAAGCUCAGGGUUGGGGAAAGAAGGUGGAGUACGCGGAGUUCGAAGGACAGCAACAUGGCUUCUUCACCAUAUAUCCCAAUUCCGACGCUGCUAAUGAAUUGA